AUGUAAAAUUCAGACAAUUCAGAUGAAUAUUAUAGUGAUGAUCAAUAAGAAUCACCUAGGUUUCUGUACAGCUUUAAGGAGAUAAGUCUUUAAAAUAAAACCUUAUUGGCUGAAAUUAGAAUUAUAUGCAAAAAUCUAAUUUAUGUGAUAGGCUUAGCACCUACUAUAGCAAAAGAGGAAGUAUUAAAUAUUUCAUUAAGUCAAAAGCUACUAAAGAGACCAGAAUAUUUUGGAUAAUAUGGCUAAAUCCAAAAAUUAAUUGUAAUUUAGAGCAAUACAUUUAAUCCACCUUCACAUGCUGCCUAUAUUACAUAUAGAAAUGAAUAGGAAGCAUCAAUGGCAAUUUUAGUAUACAUUAUAUUUAAAAUUUAUGGCAUGUGAAAGAUUUCCACUUUAUGAUAGAUAUGUGAAGGCAUCUUUUGGUACAACCAAAUAUUGCACCAAUUUCCUUAAAGGAUAGUAAUGUAAAAUAAAAGACUGUGUUUAUUUGCACCAACAUCCAAAAGAUAAAGAAUCGACUUAAGUCAUUAAAAAAGUAUGCCUCUAUUCUAUGCCAGGAAGAGAUGAACAAUUCUAAAUGGCUCUUUUCUUACUCCUAAAAAAUAGCUUAAGAAAAUUUCAAAAAAUUCUAUACCAAAAUUAACUACAAAAAUGCUCUCUAAAAAUCUGUCUUCCUCAACACUUAAAACAUUCUUGAUCGAAUGAUUGAAGAUAAUAUAGUAGAUCCCAUUCCUGAGCAACCCUAACCUCUUCAAUAAUAAUAGACCAUUGAAGAAACACAAUUAAUCGAAAUUCCUGUAUAAUAAAAACCAAUCGAUAUUGAAAAACGAUUGGAAGCAAUUAUUCAAAAAAGUAUUAUUCAUUUCUUAAAAUAAGUGGAUGGUGAUAGUAAUUCGAGAUUCAAGUUUACAAAUGGUAAUUGUCCAUAAGAUUAUGAAGCAAUCUAGUAAUUGAAGCAAUCCCUUUUAAAAUGA